CUCCGCUCCUCUCCUCUUCUCUCCUGCAACAAAAACAACUGAACCCAAUUCUCUCUCUCUCUCUCUCUCUCAAAAUCCAAACCAUUUCUUCUUGGGAACCUCUGAAAACACUUAAUUGUUUGUACCAUAAUACACAUUGAAACUUGAAAGCCUUUUCAUUUCCUCAAAUUCUUUUCAUUUCAUUCAAUAGAAUAACAAAAAAGGUUUCAGCUCCGGAAUUACUCAAAGAGGAGCUGAAACCAAACCAAAGCUAGGGUUUUUACAAUUCUUACACUUAGAGAGAGCCAGACAGUCACAGCCUUCUUGUCACUCUAACAGGGAAUUAUAAAACCAACAGACGAAGAGAGCAUAAAGAUGGGAUUUUUAAGGACCAUGGACCAAGAAGACGACGCCGUUGCAGAGAACAAAACCAAAGGUUGUGGACCUGGUGCUAACACCAUUAGUAUAGCAGAGAGGAGAGCAGCCAAGUGUGGAUUCAAUGCGGAGAGGAUCAAUACGGCGCGUUUUAGGACAACAAGCCCUUUGCCUUCGCCGGCCGCGGCUGCCAGGUCCCCCUGCCUCACUAUUCCACCUGGUAUCAGCCCCACGGCUUUGCUCGACUCCCCCAUGAUGCUCCCCAAUUCUCAGGCGCUCCCAUCUCCAACCACCGGAACUUUUCCGUUGCUUCCUCCCAAUGAUGACAGUUCAGUGCUGAAAUCUGGAACUCAUGAAGAUGGUCACAGGGGGAGUGAUUUCGGUUCAUCCUUCACAUUCAAGAGACAGGGCAAUCCCAAAUAUCUGCCAGGCUAUUCUAGUUUCGAAAAUCAGGGAUCUACCGUUGACUACCAAUCUCUGGUUUUGGAGCAACAACCAAUAGAUUUUGAAUUCCCAAUGGAGUUUCCGGAAGAAGCUAAUGCAAAGAACUAUGCUGUGGAUCCAUCCACCCAUGUUAAAAACUUAAACAGUGGGAUUCUGAAUGCCAACUGCGUAGACUUGCAAAGGUCUAAUUCAAGCGCAGCUAGUGAACAAAACUCUCUUCCCAAAGAACCGAUUCAUGGAGAGGACGUUGGGAGCCACCCAUUUUUGGAAGGAGAGCAUAGAGGGUCAUACCCAUCUGCGGGAAUGGUCAGGACUUCAGAAGAUGGAUAUAAUUGGAGGAAGUAUGGGCAGAAACAGGUCAAAGGCAGUGAAUAUCCAAGGAGCUAUUAUAAAUGCACGCAUCCAAAUUGUCAGGUGAAGAAAAAGGUGGAACGAUCCUUUGAUGGUCAAAUAACUGAAAUCAUCUACAAGGGAGCUCCUCAUAAUCAUGCAAUGCCUCAGCCUAAUCGUCGAGCUGGAGCAUCACUUGGAUCAUCAUUUUCAUUUGAUGAGACAUCAGAGAUGUGUGAAGGAAGUAGGGCCUCUGUCAAAGUUGAGGGUGGGUCAGUUUGGACAAAUAUUCAGACCGGUAAGGAUAUUAAAACUGGUUCUGAUGGGAGGGCUGAAGGUCUGGAAAGGACAUCCUCAACAUCUGUUGUUACCGACCUUUCUGAUCCAUUGUCAACUACCCAAGGGAAAUCCAUGAGUAUAUUUGAAUCAGCAGAAACUCCAGAGUUUUCAUCCACACUUGCUAGUCAUGAUGAUGAUGAUCGGGCCACCCAAGGAAGCAUAUCACUUGGAGAUGAUGCAGAUGAUGAAGAGUCUGAUUCAAAAAGAAGGAAGAAAGAGAGCUGCUUGAUUGAACCAAGUUUAGCAUCCAGGGCUGUCCGUGAACCAAGAGUAGUUGUCCAAAUUGAGAGUGAAGUCGACAUACUUGAUGAUGGCUAUCGUUGGCGGAAGUAUGGGCAAAAAGUUGUCAAAGGAAAUCCAAAUCCUAGGAGCUACUACAAAUGUACUAGUGCGGGCUGUUUAGUAAGGAAGCAUGUGGAAAGGGCCUCCCACAAUCUGAAAUUCGUAAUUACAACAUAUGAGGGAAAACACAACCAUGAAGUGCCCGCAGCGAGAAACAGUAAUCACAUAAAUUCAAAUGGUGGCAAUGCACAUCCAUCUACUGCCAAUGCUCAGCCAGCUCUUGCAUUACCCAGGAGUAGCAAUAUUCCAAAGCCUGAGACACAAGUACAAGAUCUUGCACCUCAUUUUGAUAGAAAACCGGAGUUCCAUGAAGAAUACCUGAGAUCUAGUUUUCUUGGGAAUUUCAAUAAUGACUUGAAAUUUGGAGUUCCCUCCAUUUACCAAAUGAAAUAUCCGCCUUUGCAAAAUACCAUGCCAUAUAGCUCGUUUGGACUACAUGCUAAUCACGGUGUGACCCAUCAGGCUGGUUCUGUUGUCCCAGACUUCCCAAUUUCACUGCCUUUAAACCUUCCCCCAUCUGGGAAUCUCCCUCUCUCUGGUUUGGAUUUCAACAAUGGAAAACCAAUUUGUCCAGUACAGCCUUAUUUUUCAGGACAGCAGCUGCAGGAGGAUGAUAUAAGGUACCUAAAGCCUAAACAAGAGCAAAAUGAUGAUAACCUUUAUGAUGCCUGUUUGCCUAUCAUUGACCAGGCAAAUGCAUCAUUGUCAUCAUCAUCAUCAUCGCUUUUAUAUCAAAGGAUCAUGGGAGGUUAUCCAUCAUAAAAUUUUUGUUUUUGCUUCUGAAGCAGUCAUCAAUCGUACUAGUCAUCCAGUUUUGUUUUCUUUGAAAUUUUUAUUGUGAUAGUUGUUUCUUCUCGUUUUCUAUUAAACAUCUGAUAAAAAUCCUAUACAAAUUUCAUACAAGGGUUUACUGUUUUUUUCAUCAACUUUUAUCUGUAGGAACAAAUACAUCCGUAGACUUUUAUC